CUGGAGCCCAAUGCCGAUGUAUGAAAAUAUGGAAAUAGCAGCCAUGCCCCGUACUUUUAAGUCAGAUUUUUCAGGACCAGCGUUUCCGUGUUUCACUUGCUACUAUUUACAGAUAGUUCUAGGAGGAGGAGGAGGAGGAUGGUCGCAAGCCUAACUGAGAUUCGCCUUCAGAGACGGCGGCUACCGUCAGAAACUACCCCCUUCCUCGCCUUUUCGAUUGGGCAUCAUGGAAUUGGCAUGCCGAACUACGAACGACUUUGUCACAGCCACCUCUUGCAAACCGGCUUGCGGCAUGCUUGCCCUGAAAGGAUGGAGAGAGGAACAUGCAGGUGCGAAUGGUCCCGGCGCGUAAGGAUGGUUGGCUUUGGGCAUAAAAGCCAGUCAAUGACAUACUUGAUCCCUCAGCUGGAUUUCGUUGAUACCCCGAACCUCCCAGACCUCUUUAGGACAUGCCAUCCAUCACCCGACCCGUUGCCCAGGAUGAAUGCCCUUGGUGCAAGAGCGUUCAGCACUAGCGCAUACAGGUCCAUUACCUUCAGGGGAUCUGGCUUUGAGGCUAUGUUGCAUCAGAAUGGGCCGGACGGAGGACACUGGCAGUCGAUGGUGAAGAGGAUAACUGACGAUAUCGAGAAAGCUGAUCCUCGAAUCAAAGUGGCGGACAUCCAGGGUGGGAGAGCCCACAAGUCGAGCAACGAUCCAAAGGACCCAUUUCCAGUGAUCACCGUUGGUCUCCUGACGACUGAAAAUUCGAAGGACCGUAUCGGCAGCAUCCAUGUGCAUUUUGACGGGACCUUCAAAUUCUUCCCCUCCCGCAAGGGAGAUUUAGGAAAAUAUUUGGAGCAGAUCAGGAAGGCUGGUAUCCCGGGAUUCAUCGACACAAUUCCAGAAGAAACGGAGGGAGAGACCGCCAACUCGGCCACUGGCCAAGGGAAGGAGCUGGCGCAAUGAAUGGGGCCUGGAGUUCCACGAAAGAGAUUUUAUCGAUGAAAUAGUUGAGCGCUGCCUAA